UAUAUAUUUGUAUUAUCGGAGUAGUAAGAAGUAGAGAAAGAAGAAGACAUUCUCAGUUGUGUUGUCUGACAAAACGAACAGCAAUUGGGAGCAGAUGCAAGAUCCAUCUUCAAACCCUAAUUCCAAUCCAAAUCCCAAUCCUCACAAUGCCAAUGCCGCAUCCCAGCUACCGCGUCCACCGCCGGCCACCACCGCCGGCGCCGGCGCCUCCUCGUCCUCGCUGUUCGCGCGCUCCGGCGGGCCUCACCACCGGCGAGCCCAUUCGGAAGUGAGUUUCCGGCUGCCGGACGACAUGAUGGACCUCUCGCAGUCGGAUCCGUUCGCCGGCGGGUCGUCGACGGCCAGCAUGGAGGAGAUCGGAUCGGAGGACGACCUGUUCUCGACGUACAUUGACGUGGACAAGCUCGGCGGCGCAAACGGGUCGGGCGCCGCCGGAAACGGAGCGGAUCCGACCGGCGAAACCGAGAAGAGUCCGGCGAGGCCGCGACACCGGCACAGUAGCUCCGUCGAUUUCGGGGAAAUUAUGGAUGCGAAGAAAGCUAUGCCUCCUGAUAAGUUAGCUGAGCUAUGGACAAUUGAUCCCAAGCGUGCUAAGAGAAUACUUGCAAAUCGGCAAUCUGCUGCUCGAUCGAAGGAGAGAAAAGCGCGCUACAUACAAGAACUUGAGCGCAAGGUUCAGACUCUUCAGACGGAAGCCACAACUCUUUCUGCCCAAUUGACCUUAUACCAGAGGGACACAACAGGACUGAGUACUGAAAAUACAGAGCUAAAGCUCCGUUUGCAAGCCAUGGAGCAACAAGCACAACUUCGUGACGCUCUUAAUGAAGCAUUGAAGAAGGAAGUUGAGAGGCUUAAGGUUGCUACUGGUGAGAUGAUGAGCCACACUGAUUCCUUUAAUCUGGGAAUGCACCUGAUGCCAUUUUCCGGAUCAAAUUUCGUUCCAAUCCCGCCACAAUCAGGUCCUUCUGGUCACCAAAACAUGCAGAUGCCACCAUUUGGUCUCACCCCAUCCACAAUGCCAAGCCAUCUACUGCAUCAAACAAGUUCUCAUCCAUAUUCAGAAAUAUUGCAAAAUGACCAGCUUGGUCGUUUCCAGGGGCUUGACAUUAGUAGCAAAGGAUCAACUCUCGUGAAGUCUGAAGGCCCCUCACUCUCCGCAAGUGAGAGUAGCACUACAUUUUGAAUUUGACAGAAAAUGCUUGACCUGCUGACUUAUCCAUGCCAUUCAUUGUUCAUAGGGUUGACAUUUAGUCAACUAAUGAAGGUACCUUAUUUCAUGAUUCAAAUUUGAGGAUUAAUUUUAACUAUUUAUUCUAAGGGGGUGCUCACCAAAAAGGGGAAGCACCCAUGGGGUUUUGUUGCAAAGUUCACGUAAUCAUGUUUCAGCAUGGCAUUUGGUGUUUCUGGGAGCUGGAAUAUUGGGAAUGAAAGGUCAUUCCCAUUGUAUCUUUGUAUUUGUAUCAUCGUUUACGUGAUAGCAUGUAAACUGUGUGAUUUAUUGUUGUGUUUCACUACAUUCAGAGUCCAAGACGGACUCUUUUUCUUUCUUUCUAUAAUUACUUAGUUUCAGGUUUAUUCAUAGUCGUUGUACAAUGCAAGAGUUUUGGGUACUCCGUACUUGUUGUAUUAAGCUUCUUCCGAGAUCAAACCUUUUUGAAUAACUGGCAUUUCUUAGUUUCUCUGUUCUGAUUUCUUUGUAACACAUUACUAUCUUUGUAGUACAACACUUUUGAUUGUACCAACUACCAAGUAUGUUUAGCCACCAUAAAAGUUAAGUAUUGUAUCAGUAA